GUUUACUUUGAUGUUGAGCGCUAGCUCGAUAAUAUAGGAACUAGCAGGAGGAGAAGAGAGGAGAGUUUGGAAGGCUAGUUUUCCUCUAUGGUUUUCCUCCUCCUCAUAUGGCAGCAGUGUCGGUCAAAUGCCCGUUUGUGUGGCUGCUGCUGUGGCUCUGCGUCCGGCUGUCCGAGACUAAAAACACUCGAGUCUCUGUGGGCGAUGACAUCCUGCAGCCGUACGCCCACGGCCACGGCCCCUCCCAUUCUCACCGCCACGUCAGAGACUGUCAGCCCGUCGUCGAUGGCAACAGCACCUACGAGAGCCACCCCCCCAGCCAUCACACCGGGCAGCCGGUGGCCGAGUCCAUGGUGUUUGUGUCAGACAAAAUGGUUUACGGUCACAUAACGGCGGUCCAGGACCCUCUGAGGACGGUGUCGGUGUUGGAGCCGGGCGGGCCGGGCGGCUGUGGGAUGAAACAGAGGGCCUCGGUGGAGGACACGGCCGAGGCUGCCGGGUGUCUGUACGCCCAGAACGCCGGCUUCUUCAGCACGUCAACGGGCCGUUGUCUGGGCAACGUGGUGAGCGACGGCAGGCUGGUGCAGGACAGCGGCGGGGUGCAGAACGCCCAGUUCGGCAUCAGGAAGGACGGCACCCUGGUGUUCGGGUAUCUGUCCCAGGAGGACGUGUUGGACCAGUCCAACCCGUUCGUCCAGCUGGUCAGCGGCGUGGUGUGGCUGUUGAGGAAAGGCGAGGUCUACAUCAACCAAAGCCUGAAGGCCGAGUGCGACGAGACGCAGGAGACUGGGACAUUCCGCACUUUUGUGGAUGUGACGUCGGCCAGGACAGCGGUGGGCCACGACGCUGAGGGCAAACUGAUCCUGUUUCACAUCGAUGGGAAGACUGGAGAGAGGGGUAUGAGUCUGUGGGAGGUGGCUGAGUAUCUGAAGAGCUACGGAGUCAUCAAUGCCAUCAAUCUGGACGGAGGCGGGUCUUCCACCUAUGUGACUGGCGGCUCAUUGGCCAGCUACCCCUCUGAUCUCUGCGUUCCAGACGGCAGGUGGCGCUGCGCUCGGCCCGUCUCCACCGUCUUGUGUGUUCACCGGCGGCGCUGCCAGCCGGCAAACUGCAACGGCCACGGGGACUGUGUGGACGGACGCUGUCGCUGUCAUCGGGGCUGGGAGGGCGAAGAGUGUGACUCUCUGGUGUGUCAGCCGCCAGCCUGCGGCACUCACGGUGUCUGCACUGCCGACGGUUGUGUCUGUGAUGCUGGAUGGAGAGGAAAGAACUGCAGCCAAGAGUGCCUCCCGGGUUUCUAUGGUGACGGCUGCAAUCAAACAUGCGCCUGUUAUAACGGCGGUUCCUGCGACCCCGUCAACGGACGCUGCACCUGCCCCUCUGGUUUCCACGGCGACACCUGUGAACAAGCGUGUCCUCUGGGUUCCUUCGGGCCGUCCUGCGCUCAGGAGUGUCGCUGUGACGACCAGUGUCCAUGUGACCCGCAGACAGGAAGCUGCAACGCCACGCUGCCAGGAGAGACCAACUACACCUUACACAGAGCUGGACACUGUCUUGCCAAACAGAUGUUUACAUCGUGGAGACGAGAUGAAGAAGCUCACCGAGAGCAGAAUCUUCUGACCGAGUUCUCCUGGCUGCUGAUCACCUCCACGCUGGCCUCUCUGCUGUCAGCCAGCCUGCUGCUCCACUUCGUACGGGCGUGUCGCGGCGCGGCCGCCGCUCACUUCCCCGAGCGCCGAGACUACUCCUACGUCCCGCUGGCCGACAUCAACGGAGCCGGUUCGCGUGCCCAAGCCCGGUCCGGAAAAUCCGGGUUCGGAGCGGACGACUCGGACUCUCAGGAUGAAAUCUGGUCUCCGUCACAAUCGGGGAGGUCGUGAGAGCAGAGAACACUCUCCGCUAGCGCACAAAGACGAAGCAUUCCUCUUGCUUACUUCAAUCUUCUAAUCUUGUCAAGCUUCAGCCGGACAUUCCUGCUGAAUGAAAAAGGAAGCUAUAGGACCGAGCACAAACCGUUUUGUUACAUCCUUUUUCACUCUGCUGGCAGCUGGUGAGAUCUUUGCUCACGUUUGUGUUUACAGCCGACGACUUCUCAUCUGACGAUGAAAGGAAAUCAUGAAAAAAAAAAAAAAAAGAAGUCAAAGCUUUAUUUUGUCAGGAAUCUGCAUGUCUCAAUCCCAGCUCCAGGUAGGAGAAGCUUUCCAACUUGCUGCCAUGAAAACUGAUCAUGAACUUUGAACUCCAACCAGGGGCCUGUAUCACGCUGUUACCCAGCUAUCUUUGAGCUUAAAGGACAAAUCCAGCACAAAAUGAACCUAGGGGGUUAAUAACACACGUGUACCGAGUCGACCGUUCUC